ACGCGUUCAUUGAAUUCCGCCCUCCGUCUCCGAUUUUUUCAUCUGCCAAAUCUCGCUCGUCGCGCUCUCGCUCUGCAGCGAACAUGGCGAAGGGCGACUCCAAGAUCGGGCGGAGGUUCCAAGGCAAAGUGGCCAUCGUGACCGCUUCCACUCAAGGCAUCGGCUUCGCCAUCGCCGAGCGUGUCGGCCUCGAAGGCGCCUCCGUCGUCAUCUCCUCUCGCAAGCAGAAAAACGUGGAUGAGGCUGUUGAAAAGCUCAGGGCACAGGGUAUAGACGUUUUGGGCUUGGUUUGUCAUGUUUCCAAUGCACAGCAGAGGAAGUCCCUGAUAGACAAGACUGUUCAGAAAUACGGAAAAAUUGAUGUGGUGGUAUUGAAUGCUGCUGCUAAUCCAUCCGUUGAUCCCAUUUUAGAAACCCAAGAGUCUAUUCUGGACAAGUUAUGGGAAAUAAACGUCAAAGCAUCUAUACUACUCCUAAAGGAUGCAGCACCUCAUUUGCAGAAGGGUUCAUCUAUAGUUUUUAUCUCUUCAAUUGCUGGAUACCAGCCACAAGGUCCCACGGCUAUGUAUGGAGUAACUAAAACAGCCCUGCUUGGGCUAAGCAAGGCCCUAGCAGCUGAGAUGGCACCAAAUACCCGUGUAAACUGUGUUGCUCCGGGUUUCGUGCCUACGCACUUUGCUGACUUCCUAGUAAAAAGCGAUGAUAUUAGGCGUGCUCUCGAGGAGAAGACGCUACUCAACCGGCUUGGGACAACAGAAGACAUGGCUGCAGCAACUGCCUUCUUGGCAUCUGACGACGCUUCUUACAUAACAGGAGAAACUUUGGUGGUUGCCGGAGGAAUUCCCUCUCGACUUUAGCUCAUUCCGAUCAGUUUUUGUCUUCCAUUGUGUUAUUGCAGCUUAUCUGACCCCCAAGACCGUCAUCUGUAUGGCAGAUUCGAAUAAAACCAGCAAUAAUGAGUUCAUGCAGAACAAGUCCGUCAUCU